AUGGAGCUGCAGCCGCUACGACAACUUGACACUUCUCGCUACGACAGCGUCUCUAAGUUACAGCCUGCCGUGAGCAGCAAAGCCGCGGUCAAUACCAAGCUAUCUAAUGUUUUUGGGGAUUCCCGUGACAUUGAGCGGAUUAGUCGAAAUUUAGAUAAUGGAAAUUUCGGAGCUGCCAUUGAUUCAAUCAUGGCGUUGGUAUCGGUCGUUUUUGCUGGCUUGUACAUUAUCAACACAUACAUUCCGUACAACAGUCUCCCCCACACGAUUUGGGUACUUGAAUUACUCUGUGCAUCGCUCUUUACUGUUGACUUCGCUUUCCGAGGCGUUUAUCUUGCUGCAAAUCGUCGUCGAGAAUACUUGCAAUCAGUAUCAGCUCUCGUCUACACUGUUAACAUCUUGCCUGUGCUUCCAGCGUCAUUCUUCAUCCGCUUUCAUACGUUCUGGUACGGUGAAUCGUGGUGGCGCUUCGUUUACCCGAUGCGCUUUGCCAUGUGCUAUAUGACUGGAAAAGCGGUGCUGAGUCGUUACCACGGGAUCCUUAAUCCUGUGCGACAAUUUGCGCUCUUGUGCUAUUUGCAGAUUACGUGUAUCUUGCUUGGAGCUGCUGGAAUCAUUCAGAUUGCCGAGACAAUGGACGGAACGCUUUCAGUUAAAAAUCUUGGUGAAUGGACAUUUUUCAACUCGUUUUUCAACUCGGUUAUGACGUUCGUGACAAUUGACAAGCCUCCGUCGGAUAACGCAUUAUCGAAGAUAUUUGUGGGCGUGCUUGUUUGCGUAUUUGUCUUGGUCAUCCCAUAUCAGAUCUCAAAUGUUAUGGAUCUUAGUCAGUCCGUCUCACCGUACGAGGAAGCCAAAUACACUCCUUCUUCCAGCAGCAAACAUGUUGUGCUUUGUGGAGAUCUUACUCCGUUGCGAAUUAGCCACUUUUUUCACGAAAUUUUUCACAAUGAUCACGAUUUCGUUGGCGUCCAUGUCAUUGUACUAAGUGAAGAAGCUCCCGUGACGUCGCUAAAGGCACUUCUUUUGGACCCUUUCUUUGCAAAACGCGUGUGGUUUAUCCAGGGAUCCUUGCUUGAAGUUGAUGAUGCAAAGCGCGCAGCUUGCGACUCAGCUGAAGCUAUUUUUAUGUUGUCGAACCGUGCAGUUGAUGAAGAUUCGUCAGUAAGUGACCAUCGCACACUGAUGCGUGUACUUGCGGCGAAGCGCCAGGCACCAAAGGCGCGAAUUUUCGCGCAACUUCAUCGAUCCGUACACUGCCAGCUUGUUCGCGAUAUGGGAGUUCAGGACGUUCAAUGCGUAUCUGAGGUUACGCUGUCCUUACUUGGCCAAAACUGUAUUUGCCCUGGGUUUUCAACCUUUAUGUACAGCCUCACGUCGACUUCAAGCUUUGUUGAUGACGAUAAUGAAGGUUUAGGAAGUGAUGCGAAGCGUAAAAACCGAUCCACAAUUGUUAAUAAGGGCGAGGGAUCUUGGGCGGACCGAUAUUUGCUUGGAGCGAGUCAUGAGGUGUAUGUAGUCGAACUUCCUUCGCCUUCUGUGGUUGCUGGCAAGACGUUCUCGGAAGUGGCAUCACUCGCCUACUCUCAUUGUAACGGAAUAAUUGUCUUUGCCGUUGCUGACGGGCCUCGAGAAAAAGUGGUUCUGAACCCAGGUGACACAUACACGUGUGCAGGUGGAGAGACGGCGUACGUAAUUGCGCAAACCCAAGCCGAUGCCAGUUCUUUAACUCAUCUAUCUACAUCUGCUUUAUUGCCGCUUGCAUGGAGAGAAUUGCAAAAUUCAUCUCCAGCAUCAUUUAUGCGCAUGAAGAUCGGCUCGAAUGAUGAGUUAAAAACGAAUACGCCUCCUAGACGACAUCAAGCACGCCUCAUACACUGGCAAUUUGUAGAUUACGAUAUACCGGAGCCUGAAAACGAGGUGAAAGGAGAAGAAGAAUGCAUGACCAAUUCGUCUAUCAAAAAGUCCUAUAAGACGGCCAGAGAUGCUGUCAUUGAAGAUAUCGAUGAACUUGGCUGCGGGGUUGCCCCAAUCGUGAUUUGUGUUAAUGCUAAAGCAGCUUUUGUUUACGAACUGGAGCACCUGAUCCGUCCUUUACGCGCUCGCUCACUCAAGCAGUACCAUCCGGUGGUGAUUUUAUCAGCCAGGCUUCCUGAUGACGAUAUUUACCAGAAUUUGAGCUACUUUCCUGAUGUAUAUUUCAUACUUGGUGACCCUUUUCGUCAUAAGACUUUGUGUCGAGCAGGGAUUUCGGAAGCCUAUCGAGUGUUAAUUUUGGCAACUCCGAAUUCUGCUUCGAAACACAACGCAGAAUUGCUGCAAGAUGCUGAAUCUAUUGCGCUUCACAAAUUCAUCACAAGCUUCAUUGGUGUCGUAAAGGCCCCACGAGUUAUCAUUGAGGUGGGAAGUCGUGCAAGUGUGCACUUUAUCGCGCAAAAUUUGCAGGAAACGGGCUGGUUUUCUAGUUUUGAAAGGAACGACCAGCUCGCAAUGUUUUCAUCCUCGGAAACUUUUUCACGCAACUUUUUUCUCUCACCUGCGUUCACUUCCGGAUUAACUUACAGCACUUCACUGUGCGACAGCCUUCUAAUCAAUCAAUUUUUUAAUGGCCGGAUAAAAAAGAUAUUGGGAGAAUUUAUGUUCACCUCCGGUGCGGGUGACGCAUGGGCAGCGUUGCGGGGUGAGAAAGCGAAAACGGAUCUUCAGCGUAGCUCUCUUUUCGCCGUCGAGGUGCCGCUUGAUUUUGUUGGACGUUCGUUUGAGUAUGUUUUCCAUUAUCUUCUAUCAUCAGAUGAUAUUUUAGUGAUUGGACUCUAUCGCUGCUUUCCUUACGUGAAUACUGCAAGCGAGACGACGUCUAAGGCCCGAAUUGAAGUGCCUGAAAAGGACAGAAGUGUGCCAUUUGGCUACGUGUAUGUCAAUCCUCAGCCUUUUGAAGUCCUUACAGGUGAUGACUUGCUUUACGUUCUGACGGACAAGCAACCCUGUUGGGUAGAAACUUAG